CACUAUAAAAACUAUCCACACACGAAUCGCCAGUUCACUACUCUCGUUCGUUCGUCAGUAGCGCCAUGGAUACCAUAUCGGAAGGUUCUCCGAGCUGUAAUAUUAGUCUCAACGUGAGUGAGUCGGAUGCCGUGCACCACGAGUACGGCUCCACGGAGCGGAUACUCGUCACCAUAGUCAUGCCGUGUAUUCUAACGUUUGGCCUGGCCGGAAACGUGGGGUUCCUCUUCGUCUUGUGGCGUGUAACGUGGAUGCGAACCACGCUGAACUUCUAUCUCACACAUCUUGCCAUUGCGGACAUCCUUUUUCUCUCUAUCUCAGUUAUGUCCAAAGUCAUCGGGUACUGUGUCUCACCUCUUGCUUUAGAUAAGUACUUCAUGGGUGUUACCGGCUGCAUUACCGUCCAUCUACUCCUUGAUAUCUCCUAUUUUGCGUCUGUGAUCUUGAUCACUCUGGUGACUUUGGAGAGAUACUAUGCCACAUGUCAACCGCACCUCCACCGGGAGCACAGCACACGACCCCGGGCGAUUCGCUUCGUGGCGAUAGUAUGGCUGUGCUCGUUCGUUCUCGCCUGCACGCUCAUCCCGGGUAGUACCACCUUCUUCACAGUCUGCCUUACGUGGCCGGAACAUGUGGAGAAAUACGCAAACUAUCCGGAGAUCAUGGGCUUGUGUUUUGGGGCGGCUGACUGGGUCGGCGACUUUGCCGAUGCCGUUCAUUCUGUGCCUUUCGCGAUAGCGAUGCUUGUCAAUAUUGUGUUUUUUAGUAGGAUCAUCGCCGCCCUGAACAGUAUGGUUGCCAGAGCACAACGCUCCGGAUUUAGUGACCGCAGUCAACACAUCCGGGAUCGGGUAAGUCGGAUGCUCGUCAUCAACGGGGUUAUAUUUUUCCUUUGCCUCGCACCUUUCCAAAUCACCACGCUGUCCUAUAUAUUCACCCCCGAAGCAAAACAUGGGGACUUCGUCUGGACGCAAGUCACCCGGGUGCUCGUGUUCAUCAACUCGGCUGUUAACCCUAUUGUCUACAACGUCACCAAUCCACGCUAUCGUAAGGCUUUCGGACAGGCCUUCAGCAUCAAGUGUGCCGGCCGAGGACAUAACCACCUCAAGAACUACCUCACCAAUAGGGCCUCCAGUAUGGAAAUGAACGUUCGUGGCAACACCAACAACACACGGGCUACGUGUAACUCCAACGCACUCAACUCGUCAACGCAACAGGUGGGGGCAAAACCAACGGUCAGUAGUUUUUGAACCGUCAAAAUGGACCACGUGGAUGUUGGAACAAGUCACUAUACAGCUAAAGUAUUUUGUAUAAUACAUAAUUCAGAAGAUCGAUGUCUAUUUUGGGAUUGCAGUUUAGCGAGACAGUGUACAUUGCGGAAAAGGAUUUAUAUUUUGAUGAGGGACACAAGAAAUCUUCUUUGAAAAUCUUAAAGUCACUAUUUAUACUAUUGGACCACUAAUCUUUUCAGCUGCAUCGCCCGUGGCUGAACUAUUCUUUAGCGGAUAUAAAUACUCCAGUUUUCUUUUGAAGAGACGGACACAUUAUUCAUGCAAUCAAAGUGUCGUUGAGACAUUAUUUUAAGCAUUGUUUAAAAGGGCUUAGCUGUGCAAUGUGGUAUUUGAUUACUUGGAAACAAAGUUUGGUUCCCCGGAAAUCACUCUUCGUGUCGCGGUUUCGUUGAAGGGUAAACACAAACUACAGGUUUUGCAACUUGCAAGAGCAUUUUGACUUAAGCGAACAACGUGAUGACGGACGAGACAAUGGUAUUCCUUUAUACCCAAACGAAAUUGUUGUUUAAAGGGUGUGGGUACUUUUUGUAACACAAAACACAGUGUACAUAGAUUUACAUUAAACUUACACAGUUUGAAGAUAAUGGUG